AUGGCUUUCUCAUCAGAUCCAUUCCACAGGGAGAAGCCUCCUGGAACCCAUGGGACUCACACAGCUACACGGAACCUCUUACGAAAGAAAGAGCAGCGCCGGCAUGGAAUCCGAUCCUCCUCGCCCAUGGGUCGGGUCAUCCUCAUCAACUCUCCUGUGGAUGGUGGAGAUGACAGUGAGGACCUCCACACAAUCACUGUGGAUAAGAGUUUGGACGGGAAGCUCGGGUUCAGCGUGCGUGGAGGCUCGGAGCACGGCCUCGGCAUCUUCGUCAGUAAGGUGGAGGACGACAGCACAGCAGAGGAGGCGGGCCUGCUGGUGGGGGAUAAACUGGUGGAGGUGAAUGGCAUCAGCCUGGAGAGCAUCACCAUGAGCAGUGCUGUGAAGGUCCUGACGGGCAACCACAGGCUGAGGAUGGUGGUGAGGCGGGUCGGGAAAGUCCCAGGCAUCCGCUUUUCCAAAGAGAAAACAACAUGGGUGGACCUGAUCCACAGGCGAAUGGUGGUGGAGGAGAGCGGACGGACACCUUCGGAGGUUAGCUCAGGCAGCGCCCUCCAAAGGAUCGUCCACCUUUACACCACCUCCGACGACUACUGUCUGGGCUUCAAUAUACGGGGGGGAAAGGAGUUCGGCCUGGGCAUCUAUGUCUCCAAACUGGAUCCAGGCGGUCUGGCCGAGCAGAACGGAAUAAAGAUGGGAGACCAGAUCCUGGCUGCCAACGGAGUGAGCUUUGAGGACAUCAGCCACAGCAGUGCUGUGGAGGUGCUGAAGAGCCACACUCACAUCAUGCUGACCAUCAAGGAAGCAGGCCGGUACCCUGCCUAUAAGGAAAUGGUGGCAGAAUACAGGUGGCUCAAUAAAUUGGCCAACGGCACUCAGCAGUCGUCCUCCCAGGCCUCAGACUCCAACUCUUCGACUUCCUCUCUGUCCUCUGGGACUCCAGUCAGCUCUCUGAGCGGCCUGUCUCAGGUCAUGUUCCCACCCAGCCUGCCGUUCGGUUCAGACAUGGUGGACGUCUGCAUCUCCACCGAGGACCUGAGGUGUGAGUCGGAGCUAACCGAGACCGCCAUCCAGACAGACGUGUCUUCACAGAGGAUCUCUGCAGACACCACUCGCAGCCUCGGACCCACCACCCUGCUCAAAGACACCGCCAUCCGGGGGGAGGAGGGCGGCCGGUGGAAAGAGUCGCCCAAGACGGCCGUGCUGAUGGCGCUCAGCAGGCCGAGCCGGCCCAUCAGCAGGUCGCAGAGCCAGGUCACCGUAGCAGAAAUCAAGCAGAAGAAGGAGAAGCAGAAGAAAAGGAAAGAUUCGGAGGAGAAGAGCACCCUGCAGAGAUCCAAGACCUUCGUCAACCUGCUGCUCAGAGGAGGACGCAGGAGGGACGCCUCCAGCGGUCGCUCCAAGUCCCCCAAAGUGGGACAAAAGCUCGGCGCCAUGCCGAACUCGGAGAUGCUUGGAGUGGUGGAGGACAUGUCCCGCAGGCUGCUGACCGAGGAGGAGGUGGCUGCAGUGAUGACGGCGUGCCGAAGGUAUGUAGCCGAGCGCUCAGUGGAGGACUUGAUUCGCCACCUGCUGGUUGUGUUGGACCGACCUGAAAAGCUGCUGCUGCUGAGGGAGAUCCGAAUGCUGCUCCCACCGUCUGAUCUGAGCGUGUUCAAUAACGUCGUGUCUGCAGUGGAAAUGGAAGCCUACGAUAUCCUCAGGUAUCGCUCAGUCCGAACUCCUCCUCUUCGAUCUCCCCUGUCUGGAAGAGCCCCCAAACGGCGCCUCAUCACCCCCAUCCCGGAUUUCAGGGGAGGCUUUGAGCUCCACAGUGCUGAGGAGGUGGAGAAAGAGAGCCACCUGCUGGAGGAGCUGGAGAAGCUCAGCCUGACUGGUUCCCAGGGAUCCAGCAGGAAGCCCAAGACCUCCAGGUCCUUCCCGUCUCUGCUGGACAUACCUGUGGAUGGAUAUGACCCAGAGCCCCGAGACCUCAGACCCCCCUCUGCCAGGACCAUGUCCCCCAACUGGCUGCUGGCCCACAGCAGCGACCCCCACCCUCCUCUCCGCACAGACAUCAACACAGUCCGCUCCGUCCACGUCGACGAGCAUUCGCUGCGCUCCACUUUGGACUGGGAGAAGGGACGGACUCUUUUCAGAAGCAGCCGUGCUCCGAACAGGAAGGAGCAGAAGUUCACUCUGCAGAGCGCAAACAGGAGGAGUCGGCCCCCGCUGUCUCAGGUGUUUGGGACUGAUCCGGACCGACAGGCGAACGGCUUCGAAAACGGACUCAUCGGUGCCGACCCUGAGGAGGAGCUCCAGUUCAGAACCGUCAGCAUCUCCAAAACCAAACAGUCUCUGGGGAUCAGUAUUUCUGGUGGGAUGGAGUCCAAGGUUCAGCCGAUGGUGAAGAUCGAGAAGAUCUUUCCUGGAGGAGCUGCCUCCACAUGUGAAGUCCUCAAGGCUGGGUUUGAGCUGGUCUCUGUGGACGGCGUUUCCCUCCAAGGAGUUACCCACCAACACGCUGUCGACGUCAUCCGCAAAGCCUUCAGCAACAAGGCCAAAGAGCCCAUGGCGUUUGUGCUCAAAGUUCCUAAAAACUCUUGA